CGCAUGCGCAGUGCAGUGCGUCACAAGCGGCUAUGUUUACAUCUGUUGAAAACAUUUAUCACUUUUUGGGUCCUUAUUAACGGCCUGCAGCGCUUGUGCCAGUUAAUCACUGCACACGAUGAGCACGGAGCCCGCUAGCCUGGAGAGCCUGCGUGUACUGUAUCACAGUGAUGACUACAUCGUGGUGGACAAACACUGGGACAUCCGCAUCGACAGCAAGAUGUGGUACGAGACGAACACCGUACAGGCACAGCUUCGCCACCGCUUCCCUCAGCUGGCUGACCCACGCACCUACUAUGGAUUUCGGUUCUGUCAUCAGUUGGAUUUCUCCACAAGUGGAGCUCUUUGUGUUGCCCUGAAUAAAGCUGCCGCUGGCCGGGCUUACCGCUGCUUCAAGGACCGCACCGUGACCAAAUUCUACCUCGCUCUGAUACGUGGGGCGGUCGAAGGAGAGACACACACUGUGGACUUCUCCAUCGGCAAGAACUCCACGGAGGGAAAAACACAUAUGAUGUGUGUUGAGGGAACAGAAGGUUGUGAGAACCCCAAGCCUUGCCAGACUGAGCUCUUAGUGUUAGAAUAUGGGUUAUAUGACGGAGACCCUGUUACCAAGGUGCUGCUGCAGCCUCUCACUGGUCGAACCCACCAGUUAAGGGUCCACUGCAGCGCUUUAGGCCACCCUAUUGUCGGGGACUUCACCUACAGCUCGGGAACAGACAACUCCCCGUACCGCAUGAUGCUGCACGCACACCUCCUCCACAUUCCCCUCGAACCUCAGCCACUGCGCGUCACUGCCGGAGACCCUUUUGUCCCAGCGGUUGAUCCCAAGUGGCUCCCGCAGUGCUCAUUAAGGACACUAGAUGCCACUGUGGAGGCCCUGAUACACCGCAGGGAGGAGGAGGACAGGAAGAUUAAAAAGGAAGAGCAAGAGAGAGCGAGAAAAGAAGAGGAGGAUGAGAGGAGAAAACGAAGCAAGGAGCAGAGCACCGAGGAGGAGAGUGAGGAGCAGAGGAGACAGUGCCAGCAGUGGCUGAGUGAAUGGGCUGGAGAUUGAUUUAUUAUUACUAUUAUUAUCAUUAUUACUUUUCAUGGGUUUCGCGUCUCCUCGUGCAUGUUGAGCAUGCAUUUUAUUUGAGUGUCCACAUCUGUUUCAUUUCAGCUGCAUCUUGGUGGUUUAACUCCUUUACGUUCUCACAAACAAGUUAAGAUCACAAAAAGGCAUGUGUGAACAUAGUUUAUGCUGCACUACUGGAAUGUCCACACUAUACCCACUGCAAGCUGCGAAACAAGUGCCUUGCUCAAGGUCAAGUUAAUAAGAGUUCCUUGUUGCUUUUUUAAUUUUAAUGUGCCAACAUUAUAAGAAAUUGGCCUUUUUCUGAACUACAAAAGCAGAUGUUAGUUUCUCCCAGAAAAAAAUAACUGUUUUUAAACUCGUGUGAUUGGUUAUUUAUGAUACAAAGCACUCAUGAAGUCCCACAUGAAACAUACUGUAUCUGUAAACACUACUCAGCAUCCUACCCGGGACUUUAAUGUUUGUGGACAAUUUUACAGCUUUAUGUCUCUUUUAGUCCAGUACAAAUACCCUCACUUGCCACUUUGUUAGGUACACCCAUUCAGCUGCUCAUUAAUGCAAAUAUGGGAUCAGCCAAUCGCAUGUCAGCAACCCAGUGCAUUUAGGCACGUCAACAUGGACAGAAAGACCUGCUGAAAUGCAAACUGAGCAUUUUAAUGCUUUGGAAGCAAAAAUGGGCCCAAUCUGGUACUAGCAAGGUGUAUCUAACAAAGUGGCCAGUGAGUGUACAGAGCACUGAUGUGGUGUACAAAGUUCAUCUGUCUACUAUUUCUAAUAAUGGCAUGAAAAAUUUCUAUUUUUCACACUAUUAUUCUACAAUUUUGGGGGGAUUUUCCCCCUUAAAAUCCCAUCAAGUACCACAAACAACAUUUGAAUUUCAAACUGGUAUAUAUGAUUAAAAACUUGGGAUCAGCUAUAUUUAUGACUUUGAUUAAGAAGCAGGGUUUGAACAUGCCAAUAAAAUGAA